AUGAUCAUUCAGAAGCUAUCGCCUUUGCUGUUUAGCUUGCAGCUAGCUGGGCUAGCUGUAGCUGCCACACCAACAUGCUCUGCUGGCCCCGCGCUGGGAGUGCCAUCUUCGUGUAGCAUUCACACUAGCAACGGCAAAAUCGUCGAAGAAGUGACCUACACCUUCACCCAUUCAGACAGCAAGACCCCAGGGCCAAGCUCGUCUACACCUACCAACAAAUCGGGCUCUACCCCGGUCAUCCCUUCAAGAACCACCACCUCGCCAAGCUUAACUGGAACCGGCAGUACCACCACUGCGACAAGCAAGACUGGAAAUAAGCCUGGGCACUCGUCAGGCCCUUCUUCACCAAAUAGUCCAUCUGGCUCUGGCAAUCCUUUAUCAGGCAACCCAGAUACACCCGGAGGAACCUCAACGAACCCAUCAGGCAAUCCUACGUCGCGGCCUCUCAUCCCGACCUCGGGUCAGGGAAUCACCCCCGGUCCAUCCAGCACGCCUGCUCCAGCGAAGACGUCAAGCGUGAUCUCUAGCGGUAGUAUCACAAUUACGCCUCGGUACUCGUCGACGGACUAUCCUGCCUUUGCUAGUCUCACCGGCACAACCACAACAACCACUACAGACGCCGGCGGUCAUAUCGUUCCACUGGUUGUUGGACCGCAUGGGCGUGGCUGGAAAUGCUAUAUUGGCUGUGGAGGGCCUCCUGGAGGAGGGGGAGGAGGUGGUGGAGGAUCAGGUCCUAGUUUUCCAGACAUUCCUGUGCCCAAUCCUCCUAGUCUCCCUGACCCUACCCCCAAUGACCCCAACGAUCCAAGCAGCCCCGGCGACGGUCCAGAUGGUGAUCCAUCGAACACACCAGAUCAGUCCGAGUCCCAGUCUCAAACUUCAAGCAGUGACUCGACAAAUUCACCAACGAGUUCUCCAUCUACCUCAACGCCUUCAAGCACCGCAUCGAGAUCUUCUCCAACAUCCAGUCCCAAGAGCACCAGCACGCCUAGUACAUCCGUCCCACUUUCGAUGGUCGUCGAAACCCCCUUUAUCGACUCUUUUGACGAUACAGUGGAUGAUAGCGCCGCCUGGGCAUCUCUCAUGGCAAAGCUCGAAAGCCAGUGGUCGGCAUUGACCAAGAGCGUGACUGAUGGUAUGGGAAGCACUCUCAAAUCCAGGACCAAGACCUCUACUCCGCUUAUCCCGCCGUCGUCGUCGCCGUCACCACAGCCAUCAGCGACCCCAGCAUCAACGCCUCUUACACCGUCAACCGUAAUCACACCGCAGUCCACUGCCCCUGCUACUUCACCUCAAAGCACGCCCAAGGCCCCAAGCACGCCGAAUGCCCCAAGCACGCCGAAGGCCUCAAGCUUGUCGAAGCCCCCAACCCCGGCGCUGCCUCCAUCCACGACCACAGUUCCCCCGGCUACUUCAUCACCUGCACUGCCCUCUGGCUGUCCUCUAGCCGAUGCUCCAGUGUGCCAGACAAGUGACGCUAGUCCCGAGAUUGGCGACUGCCAGGCCUUCGGCCUCGGCGGGUCUUUCAACGCUGUCAGCACACCGUGUGCCCAGCCAUACGGUUCUGGCUGCCAGACGGUCGCCGCGAACAACUCAUGCAACCUGGUUCUCUGCCAAGAUGAUGAUUACGGUUAUAGCUACUGUGAGCCAUUGCCUUGCGUAGAGUACUACAUCCAGCAGUUGAUCGAUACUUGCGGAAGCAAUGGCAAGGUCGGAGGUUAUGUCCAUGUUAACAAUGGAGGUAACUAUGUCAACGUCGAGGUUACCUAA